AUGCCCCCCGACUCCAAAACAAAGAUUCGCCCGCAGCAAUCCUGCUUAAGAUGUCGCGAGCGCAAAGUCAAGUGCGAUCGCUCAAUCCCUUGUCACGCCUGUAUCAUUCGCGGUAUUGAAUCGGAAUGCACAUACCUAACUACCCCCGAAGACCGCGAGCAUAUCAGUCAAGCGGAGAUUAUUGACCGAUUACGUCGCGAGGUCGCACAGCUGCGUACGCAGUUAUCUCAGGGUCCGCGACCAAGACCACACCCGAGAGCGCUUAGUGAGCGUGCAAAGAGUCGGGAUCGUGCGCCGUAUGCGCGCCCGCCGAAGUCAGGGAAGAGUUCGGGGUCAGGGUCUGAGGGUGUGGGUGGCGGGUAUGCGGUCGGAGCUGGUGCGGGCAUCGGCGCAGGCGCUGGCACAGAUAUGAGAGAGGGAAGCUGGGAUGGCUCAUCGCCUUCCUCGUCGGUUAUGACGCAUUCUAUGUCUAUCAAUAGUCCUGAUAGUACGGGGAGUGGGACGGCGAGUGGGACGAGUCAGACGCAGUAUCCAGGGUCGCUUGGGGGGAAUAUUGAAGAUAUGACGACUCCCAGUGCCGCGUUUAUAGGAGCUAAUUUCAUGAACGAGACUCAAGCACAUGGCCAAGGAGGCAUGGCUUUUGCAGGCGAGACCCCUGCCUCGAUCCCUGUGCAGAGUUUACAGCCGCAGCUUUCGGGGAUACCGAUGCCUGCGUCACAGUCACAGUACCGAGGUGGCAGCCCCUAUGCAGUGGAAAACUGGGGCAAUGCACCAUACAUGCAGGAUUAUCCAAACUACGUCCGAGAACCAGCCCCAGCCCCACAUGCGAGUACAUCUGGCUACGAGCCUCACAUUUAUCAUAAUCCGCAAUGGUUACAAGGGCAAUUUGCGCCCGUACACCCAUACUCGAACCCAUUCUAUUCUUCGGCAUCUAUUGAUGCUUUCGCUCAUGCAAACACGGAUCCACUGAAUGGCCAUUCGUCGCAAACGUCGCACAGCCCGGAUUCACAACAAUUUUCCAGUCCUGAAACACUCUCGCGGCAUCCUCUGUUUACUAUGCCAAGCUCAUGGACGGGUAAAGGGAAGCAGGAGCUUCUGGAAACUCUGCUUGAGACGAUUGGGAGUUGUGAUGAGGCGCAGGUGGCGCAGGUCGUGCAGGUUGUGAGGACCAGUGCGACGCCUGAAGAAGCUGUCUCAGGGAUCUGUCAGGUCCUCGGGAUCGGGGCGCGAUGA